AUGACCACGACCAAGCUAGAGGGUCAGAGCGAGUCCUCUAAGCAGAUAAGCCGAUCUUCAUCCUCAGAUACCCCAGAUAUGCGACUUCCGCCACUAAAGCUUCCUCCAAAUCUCACCUUCGGACCUUUCCCAGUCACGACUUCUCAAGCUUUCUACGUAUCGGCAAAUUCCCUGAGUUAUGCUCUGGUCAAUCUCCGCCCUCUGCUUCCUGGCCACAGUCUUGUCUGCCCUGUCCGUCGUGUUCCAAGACUAAGUCAACUCAGCGAUGCAGAAACUACCGAUCUCUUCCUGACGGUCAAGCGCGUCUCGGAAAUGCUCGAGCGGGUAUUCAAGGCCGAUGCGCUAAACGUCGCUGUUCAAGAUGGCGCCGCAGCGGGCCAGAGCGUGAAUCAUGUACAUGUGCAUAUUAUACCACGGCGAGAUGGGGAUGUAGCUAAUGGCGACGAAGUGUAUGAGUGGAUGGAUGGGCAGCAGGGGAAUUUGGGAAAAGUGUGGGAGGAGUAUCAGGCUUUGCAGAGACAGCGAAGGAUGAAGGAGGAGGGUGGCGAGAGAGAAAUCCAGGGUGGUCCUGACGCGGAUGCGAAAAGAGUGAAUAGGACCGAAGAGCAGAUGAGGGAGGAGGCAGAGUGGCUGAGGUGGGAAAUGCAGAGGCAAAAAGAAUUCGAGGAGAUGAGAGGUGCUGGGCAGGACAGUGGUGAUGGAACAGCUAGGUCGUAA